CUAACACUUCUCUCCUUCUUAAGUCCCUCUUUCUUUGCUGACUAAAAUCCUCCAAACUCCAAUAAAAUCUCCAAAGUCCCAAGUUUGUUUCCUUAUCAAUCACUUAAUCAAUUUUCAAGAAACCCACAAGAAAAAAAAAAAAAAUACACAUAUAUUAGUAUCAGUUUUCUUCCUUGGUGAGAGAGAAGAUCACACAAAGCAAUCUGAGAUCUUUUACCAUCAUCAAUGGCAUCAUCCGGCCUCACUCGAUCAGGAAGCGCGCCGCAAUUCGAGAAGUGGAAGCUGUCAAAGAAAGACGGAUUCAGCGGUGGCACGUUGAAGAUCACGCGCUCCUCGUUGGUGUCUUCUUGCGGCGGCAACAAGACACAGAAACAAGGGAGGUGCGCUUUCACGAGGAAGUGCGCGGGAUUGGUCAAAGAACAGAGAGCUCGCUUCUACAUCAUGCGUCGUUGCGUGAUCAUGCUUAUUUGCUGGAGAGAUAAUUACUCUGAUUCUUGAAAAACCAAACACACAAAUGUCUCUGUGCUCUGUUCUGAAACUGAAGUAGAUAAGAUAUACAUGUACAUAUAAGGGUUAUACUUUCUUUUGGUUUCUGCUUAUUAAGAUCGGUUUAGGUUUUGUAAUUUGUAUGUCCUGAGCCUUUGAUUCUGAUUAGAGGUCCUCUGCGUCAAGAUCAGUUUCUGUGUGCUGAAGUUUAACAAGAAAAUUAAAAAAAAGACAAAAUUGUAUAAUAAUUCAAUAUAAAAUAGUGAAGUAGAUUCGUGUUUCGA